AUGGUCUUGGCUGUGACUUUCACGACGUCUGUUUCGAGUCCAACAUGUGAUGUCUGUGCUUCAGGAUGUACGGAUGAAAUUACUCUGAAGCCAAAUACCUCCAAAGUCUACAGAUUCGAUUGCGCGAACGAUCAAGUGCAAGUCGAACUGUAUUCUAUUCGUGUUGACGGUGGCACUAAUAAAUUUAUCGUUACAGUCGUGGAUGACGUGGAGUAUAGAUUCGACCUCAUCCGGGAACGAAGUCCUUCCUACAAUGGAUACCUCUCAACUGGCGGCGUCUUUGACGAAACAACGUGCUUUAACGAAAGCGCCGUGUUUACGUCCUUUAAGCAAUCGACCGCUUACGUUAUUAUCAAAUGUACGAACGAGUUCUCUAGCUGCCAGUUACGGACAGGAAUGAAUUAUUCGUGUGUAAUACCAUACGAUACGUGUAUGCUAAUAGAUUGUGGGCUCUACGGCACCUGUUACAGUGGAGAGUGCUUUUGUGAUGCGUUUGUCAGUGGAGAUAGAUGUCAAAUUCUGGAUGUGUGCUUUAAAGUUUACUGUCGUUAUCCUCGCGUCUGUAACGACAAAGGAGUGUGUGAAUGUGAACCUGGUUACACAGGAGAUCGAUGCCAAGAUAUCGAUUAUGAAUAUCUGUGCUCUGGCAUUUCUUGUGAUUCUCAUGGCUACUGUUACAGGGGACAAUGUUACUGUCAUACCGGUUACUUUGGAGACAGAUGCCAAUUUUUAUUUGGUACGUGCAGCGACGCUUCUUGUUUACAUGGCACCUGCGUUCGUCACAAUAGUGAGUGUAUCUGUGAUCCGGGCUAUAAUUACACUGAAGAUGGAUGCCAAAGAAUUGAUAAUAAUUGCAAUGGAAAUUCAUGUGACGAAAAUCCAUCAAAUAUCAUCAUUGGUUGCAGUGUUGCAGGAGGCGUUUUACUACUGUUGUUCCUAUCAAUUCUUCUGGUCGUUUUAGUCAAGAACAGAAGAAACAAGGGAGAGCAACAGAAGUCGCAGCAACGGUCGGUCAUGCCCGACCAAGCAACGUCUGAAGACCCAACGCCGUCUGCAAUUGACAUAACCUAG